CAGCGUUGUCCAGAGCACGACAUCAGCAGUGUGUGACACAGCCGCAGCCACUUCUGGGCUUCCGGGUGAUGCUACACUUGGAAGUACAAUAAGGCAGGGCAAUUGAUACCGGGACCAUACUCGGAAGUGUGACUUGUGUAAGAUAGGUAUCGUGGUAUGGUAAUGUUAACGUAUUAUACUGAGCGUACGUACUACGGAUUACAUGUGUAAUUAAGACUGAGGUGGAUUCCCAGCUUGGGAAAUGGGAAGUAACUAGCUCAGCCUUACCCCAACUUGAAGCCCCACGCGCAAGGCUGAGCGUAACACCAAACCACACGUGGGUUUGGAAGUCGUCAUUUCUGCAGUCCGUCAGCUGUUUCUUGGACCUCGCGACGCUCCAAACUUGUUGAGACAGGGACAGUCUAGUUGAAACAAGAUGGAGCAAGUCAAAGCUCUAAAUGCUCUCGAGCCAUUUCUAGCGCUCACCAAGUCGGCGACCUCUCCGAGGGCGGCUGCCGACCUUGUUAUGCGCGCGACCUCCGCGCCAAACACAUUCAUCUUCACCGAUCUUCUCCAGGCACCCCAAAUCCAAGCUCUCGCCUCGUCGGAUGAGUUCGCGCCAUACCUCAGUCUGCUUCAGAUCUUUAGCUACGGCACAUAUUCCUCUUACACAUCUACCCCCGGCCUGCCAGAUCUGAACGAUGCUCAGCGUCUCAAGCUCCGGCAGCUCUCCCUCCUAACGCUAGCGAGGAAGGACGCCCACGCAACUUCGAAUGCCGAUCCUACCCUCAGCUAUGCCUCCCUGCAAAGGGCGCUUGAUCUCCCAAGCCGGCAAAGCCUUGAGGAACUCGUGAUUAGCGCCAUAUACGCCGGCCUCCUCAAAGCGCAGCUCAACCCCAAGGACUCUCUCGUGCAGAUCAACAGCGUCUCCCCGCUCCGGGACGUGGCGCCCACGGCUAUCGACGGCCUCCUUUCGCGGCUGGAAGCCUGGGCCGAGAGAUGCGACAUGACGCUCCAGAAUCUGGAAGAGCAAAUGAACAAUCUGCGGACCGGCGCCGACCGCCGCGCCGCACAGGAAGCCGCGCGGGCUGCCGAGAUGGCCAGGCUGCUAGGGAGCGAGCAAAAGGUUUCCUCUUCCAAAUCUCCCAAGGCGAUGGCGUAGUCCCGAACAGCACUGGGGCGCCCGCGACGCAGUCAUCUGCCGUGAAGCGGGCCA